UGGGAAUUAGGGCUUAAUGCGCGAUGAUGCUUGUCCGCGGGAUUCGUAGCGGCCGCGCGGCAUCGGCGCUUCGCGCGACGCUCGUCGGAUGCUCGCAAAUCGGCCAUGGCGCCCGAGGCUUCGCUGGAGGGAGCGAAGCCGCCGAUUCCUCUCCCGGCGGCAGCUGGGGGACUCUCUCGGUGGGAAUCCUGUUUGGAGCUGCUGCCCUGUACUCGCAACCGGCAUUUAGCGACAGCAAAGUUUCCGGAGGAUUCUUCUCGAGCAAAGUAUCGGGAGGAAACUCGACUUCUUCGGACGAUAUGGAGAAGACACUGGAGGAAGUUCGCGAAGGAUUGCGGGAACGAUUGCGACCCUUGAAAAUGCACGCUCUUCCUCCUAUUACCGUCGUUUCUAGAGGGCAGCAGGUUGCGGUCAGGUUUCCCGUGCCUCCAACUUGCGACACUUACCGGCUUGUCGUUGAUCUGGUUUCUCAUCUUGGUGGUGAUGUGGAUCUGGCCGUGAGAGCUUCCAGCAGUGCAGUUGCUCGACAGUUGGUAGUUUCCCAUCCUGAUCGAAACAGCGACAAAGUUUCUACGGACAGGCUUUGCGUUGUCAUCUUCGAACCUCUCAUAGGGGAGAAAUCGUCGUUGCAGGAAAUAGAGUUUUUAAGAAAGGGGAAACUGAGUUCGGCGGAGCUUGACACGGUGAUAAGUACUGUACGCACAGCUGCCGGUAUCAAUGUAGAGCCAGCGCCAAAAGUGAGAAUUUUUAAGGGAGAAGUGAAUGGAAGAAAAGUUAAGCGAGCUUUAGACGCUUUGGAUAAGCUUGGAGUUAAGGUCUAUGGCCUUGACAUGGAGAGUGGCGAGACUGAGGCGGAAGGUCUCACGUGGCAAAGUAUUGCAGGAUAUCACGAGCAAAAGAGGGAGAUAGAAGAUAACGUCCUCCUAGCUCUAAAACGUCCAGAAGUUUAUGACAGUAUUGCAAGAGGAACUAAGGAAAAGUUUGAGUCUAAUAGACCACGCGCAAUCUUGUUUGAAGGACCUCCAGGUUGUGGAAAGACUUCAUGUGCGAGAGUUAUAGCCAGUCAAGCGGGUGUUCCUUUGUUGUAUGUGCCUCUGGAAGUUGUGACAUCCAAAUAUUAUGGAGAGAGCGAACGCUUGCUUUCUUCCGUGUUUAAUGCGGGAAAUGAUUUCCCGGAUGGCGCAAUUGUGUUUCUGGAUGAGAUUGAUUCGUUGGCAACGAGCCGAGAUAGUGAUAUGCACGAAGCCACCAGAAGAAUGCUGUCAGUCCUCUUGAGACAGAUGGAUGGAUUCGAGCAAGAUAAACGGAUUGUUGUCAUCGCGGCAACAAAUCGGAAGCAAGAUCUUGAUCCGGCGCUGCUCAGCCGGUUCGAUGCUUCAAUCACUUUCGAUUUGCCUGAUUUACAAACAAGAGAGGAAAUUGUAGCACAGUAUGCGAGGCACUUAAGCCGGAAGGAAUUGUCCUCUGUUGCAGCCACAAGUGAAGGGAUGUCAGGUCGCGAUCUUCGUGACGUUUGUCAACAAGCAGAACGAAAGUGGGCUUCUAAGCUAAUCAAGGGACUCGUUGGAAAUCCACCCACGCACGAACUUCCUCCUGUUCAAGAGUACAUGGAGUCGGCUGCAAAGCGGCGAAGGACACUCGUGAAAUGGGCCGAAGAGCAGGUUGUACAGCAAUCCGCCAAAGCUAAAGUAGCUCUCAGUACAAGCUAAAGAAAAAAGGGAGUUUCUUCUA